AUAAAGCUUCUUCACAAAAAUCAUAUUUAAAGUAUUAGUACAACUUUUGAGAUUUUAAAUGUUGGCUAUUCAUUCGAAAAUACGUUUUCGAAAAAUUGUUAGUAUAAAUUGGAUCUACAAGAACAUAAAAUAAUUAAGAAUAGCAAGCAAUUAUAUGUAAUGGAUGCUUGUAAUCUUGUGAAUAAGAAAAAAGAACAAUCGGUUCUGUACGCUUCAUUUCCGGAAAUGAGUAACCUAUGUUGUGCAAUUUGCGAAAUUGAUUUUGUUGAAGUUCAUGAUGCAUCGGCGAAAUCAAAUUUUCAUUGGCAAACAAUUAAGUGCCGAUUACUUAUUCAUUUAAUAUCUGACGUUAUUGCUUCACCAGUAAUGGGUACAGAAAGAUAUAUAUUUGUUAUAACGCAUAAACAAUUUUCCCAAAAUGGUAGAUUGGAACAAAUUUUAAGAAAUUUUAAACUAGUGUAUCAAGGAUCAAGACCAGUUACUACAGAAGUUUAUAAAAGUUGUCUUAGGUAUACGAUGCAAACUAAGAUAGCUCCUUUGUGGAAUAAAGUUGAUGAUUAUUUUGUUCAAGGAAAAAAUUUUUAUAACUUUAUAGAAGGAACUAGAGCAUUAAAAUUAGAUAUACUUAUAGAGGAUAGAAAAAUGUGUUUGCAACUUCAUGCAGAAAUACUUAAAAUUCCAUAUAUAAAACUUGAAGACUAUCUUUCACCAUCUAUUAUAUCACAUUUUUUAGCAGACCCUAAAGGAUACGUCGAUUUAUCUCGUUAUAAUCUUCCAUUUGUAUAUGUAUUACCAAGUACAAAAAAAGGCAAACUAUUAUCUGUGUCUAAAGAACUUCCAGCAAAAUGUGCUUUUAAAGAUUAUGACCAAUUACGUAGACACUGGAAAAAUAUGGUAUAAAUGACAAUACCUAUGUUUAUUCAUCUUGCAAUUUACUUUCAAAUAUAUCUUUGUAUAUAUAUGUAUGUAUAACGUUUUAGUAUGGAUAUUAUUUACCAAAAAAUAAAGGUGGAAUUUUAUUUUAUGAAAUUAAAUUUUUGAUUUCCAAAUCCAAGGUUUUUACAUAUCCUCAUAUGUGUGUAGAAAGUAGUCCAUUAGAAAUUAUUCCAAAUACAGAGAAGGAAUCUACAAUUACACAUUUUUUAUCUGAUAUACUUAUGAAAUUACCUGCAGUUUGUGGUAAACGGCUACAGAUAUCCAAGGAUACCCCAUUUGAUACAGUGAGUUACGCAGAAUAUUUAAUAAUUUCUAUUCAAUAGUCGUAAAUAAAAUCUAUUCUCCAUUAUAUACAGAAAUCUUUAAAUAUAAAGUCAAGUAAUGCAUCACCAAAGGACAGAGGAUUAAGUACAUAUCUUAAGGAAAAGGGUAAUAUUGUCUCACAAUUAGAAUUGUCUGA